GCAACAUCCGUGUAUUGUCCUCUCGCCAGACUCGCAGUUCUUUCAUUUCCUGUACCCUUCUUCUAACCAAUUUUUUUUCUUUAAAGUAUUUUAAUUGGGUGAGUAGCCAAGUAAGAAUUUAGUGGACUAAAACGUCCCAUCUUUAAGCUUAGUGGAAGUCGUUUUGCUUGAUGUUAAAGCUUCCCAGGCUUACUUAACUUGGAUUUGUUUAGCUUUGCUCGCUAGCCAAGACGCUCGGUUAACGUGAGAGUGAUUACCUUUAAAUGCCUAAGACGCCUCUCGAGUUUUCUUAAAGAUGCGACAAAAUACUACUUGACUGAAACCUAAAGAGUCGAGACAUGGUUGAUGAGGAGAGGGAAUCCAGGCCACUAUGAGCAACUGAAAAACGAAAGAAAAAAAUGAGGUGUCCCGCAGACGUCACUGUAGUAGAUCUUCACUGUGAGAAGCACGAACCCCUCCACGUUAAACAGGAAGAGGAGUCCAAGAUGCCGUACAUCAAACAGGAGGCAGAGCCAGAGACCCCAGACAUUAAAGAAGAAGAACAGCAAGUUGAAAUCCCCAAGUUUCCAAUAGGUGUCACCGUGAAGAGUGAAGAAGACGAAGGACCAAGCGAAGAGAGCGGAGCAGCGAACCCUUCGAGUGACGGCUCAUUUCAGCACGUGACAACAAAAGGAGAGGGACAAUCGCAACCGGACGACCUCUUAGCUCCGCUUUCGGACAGCGACGACAUAACGUCACACUCUUCUGACUGUAAUACUGAUGAGGAGGAUUAUGACUUUGACCAAAAUGCUUCAAAAUCUUUAAACAAGUCGUCAGUGAAAAGAGACACAAAAGAAAGCGCGGUAGAGAAACCUUUUCGCUGCUCACUCUGUGAUAAAACACUUUUGUCGAAACGUACCUUAAAAGCACACGCGCAUACACACACUGGAGAAAAGCCUUUUGCCUGCACACUUUGCGAUAAAAGAUUUCCUCGGAAUUCUUAUUUAAAUAGACAUAAACUGAUACACACUGGAGAAAAGCCUUUUGCCUGCACAUCUUGUGGUAAACGAUUCAAUUGUAAGGGAAAUUUAAACCAACACACACGCAUACACUCUGGAGAGAAGCCUUUCACUUGCACAAUUUGUGGUAAAAGAUUCGUCGUUGAAAGAGAUUUAAACAAACACACAAUCAGACACACUGGAGAGAAGCCUUUCCCCUGCACAAUUUGCGAUAAAGGAUUUCAUCGGAAGGCUGAUCUAGAAAUACAUACGCGGACACACACUGGCGAAAAGCCUUUUGCCUGCUCACUUUGUGAUAAAAGAUUCAUCGAGAAGGCAAGUUUAAACAAACACACAAGAAAGCACGCUGGAGAGAAGCCUUAUGCCUGCACAUUUUGUGAUAAAAAAUUCUUCACGGAGGCAAAUUUAAACAUUCAUACAAGAAUACACACUGGAGAGAAGCCUUUUGUCUGCACAUGUGGUAAAAGAUACAUCAGUAAGGGAGGUUUAAAAAGACACAGACAUACACACACUGGAGAAAGGCCUUUUGCCUGCACAAUAUGCGAUAAAAGUUUUCAUUAUAAGAGUAAUUUAGAAAAUCAUAAUCGUGCACACACUGGAGAAAAGCCUUUUUCCUGCACACUUUGUGGUAAAAGUUUCACCGAGAAGAAAGGUUUAAACAGACACGCAAGAGCACAUAGUGGAGAGAAGCCUUUUGCCUGAGCAACCGAUAGUUUUAUUCUUUCAUUUGUUUCGUCGCCGCUGUUGUGCUCGCUGUGGAUAGUCUUUUGUUGGGUUCGGGAAAUUAUGUCACGUUUCCGUGUUUGGGAAUACAGUAUUGACAAAGAGCUAAAAAAACAACAAAAUGCGGAUCAUUUUUGCAGUUACACGUCUGAAAUGACAUGGUUGUUUCGAUUAACUUAUCCAAAGUUUAUAUUCGUAAAUGUCACGUCAAGGUGGCAUGGGCACGGAGGACCAAGCACGUGCAUAGAAGGGGGCGGAGGGUGCUUGAGCACUAGAUAGGUUCCAAACAAUUGACUAUUAAAUCUUCUCCGCCCGUCUGCGUGGCUGUCGCGCGUCCAGUGGGGCUCACGUGCUGCUGGAUGUGGUAGGGCAUGCUCGGGUUGGGGGUCCUGGCGCCGGAAUUGGCGAUGGGGCAGCAUAGGGUUGGUCGCCAACGGGCUCACACUCAUAAGAGAUUCACACGAUUACUGGGUUCUAGAUCACAGAACUGAUUUGUGUACACUCUACCCCUUUCCAUCACUUAGCUUAUAGACACCCCCACCCCGGUCCCUCUCUUUCACUGGCCAAUAGGACCCCACAUGGUGUAAACCGGAAAUACAUCUCGCUGACGAUGGCACCAGCAUAUUAGUAAUUAGUCUAGAUGUUCAAUGUAUUUCUUGUUGUUGUUUGUGUAUGUUUUUCUUUCUUCUCUUGUGUUUCUUUUCUUCUGUCUCCCCAUAAUCCCUAUUUAUUCGCUGCUUUGUCAUAAUAAAAAGGUAUUUUGAAUGAUCACAAUGGGAGUAUGUCAGACUCUCAAUGUGAAACAUUAAAACUGUUCAGACUAUCCGGGCACUUAGACUUCCAUUCUCUGUGUCAAACAGCUGAACAGGACAGGUUAAUAAAAAAUAAAAAUAAAAAAAUUAAAAUGCGGAUCAUUCUUGCAGUUACACGUCUGAAAUGACAUGGUUCUUUUGAUUAACUUAUCCAAAGUUUAUAUUCGUAAAUGUCACGUCAAGGCGGCAUGGGCACGGAGGACCAGGCACGUGCAUAGAGGGGGGCGGAGGGUGCUUGAGCACUAGAGAGGUUCCAAACAAUUGAUUAUUAAAUGCAUCGCGAUUCGACACAUGACGGUUCCAUUACGAUUCAUAAAGGUUCAAAAACGAUGUUUUUCCCUCAUAACUUGGCAGCCGCUCGUAGCAGAACGAAAUUCAAGACACGUCUGGCGCUGGGCACCGUUAACGGGUGCGCGCACUAGGGCUGCAGCUAUUGAAUAUUUUAGUAAUCGAGUAAUCGACUGAAAAUCCUAUUGUUUAAUCAAGUAAUCGGAUAAAACAUUUUUAGGUAGACAUUUCAUCUAAUAUUGAACCAUUUUCAGUCAAUGUCUUUAUUUACGAUGUCCAUUGUUGAAAACAGCCAACAAUUGCCUCUCAGAUGUGACUAGAAUUAAAAAAAAAGACCAAUUCACUGCUUUCACUCCAAAAAUUUUUAGAUCUUGUAAAAAAUAUAUAUAUUUCUUACCUAAAAACGCCAUUAUGCUUGAUGACACACAUAACUUAAAAGUGUUUUUCCCACGUGUUUCAAUUGAAUUUCCAUUUGUGUCAAGCCAUUUUUAAGUUCUAGUUUUAACUUAGUCUAAACUGUAAGUCCUGAUAGGAUUUGGAGUUUUUGCAGUGUUCAAAAUAAAUGUAUUGUAACAUAUCAGGUUAUAAUAUGGCGGGGAUAUUUGCAUGUGUUCCUGAAUGCACUGCGUGAUGUGCGGUGGGGAGGGAGGUGCGGGAGAGCGAGAGACGUGCCUUCAUGUUGUUGUUGUUGUUCCACAAGUUCCCAAAAAAGAAAUAAUUGCAACCUAACGAAGCGGGUGACUCUUUGUCAACGUUACAGUAUGAUACCUGCUGUAUUGGAGCACAUUAGGGGCCAGUGCUACUUGGUGUCUUAUCCAGCAAUGACUACUGAGCUAAAAUUGACAGUUAGCUUUAUCAUAUUUUCAUUUUACACCCUCAUCACUCUACAGCGCUAUGUUUCACAGAUUAAAUAAAGCCUGUAUGUAAGACAUGUUAGCCACGCAUCGACAGUGGUCUUAAUAGAAACCCAGCCCUCCGCAGGGCUAACGUUACGUACGUGAGCGAGUGACAGUAACGUUAAUCUUAUUAGCGCUGAGAAGUGUACUGCUUUAAGAUGGCGGCUGUUUACUAACACAGCUGACUCUGUCAUUUCGCAUCUAGUUCGACAUACAUGUGAUAUCUAUGAGACGCAUCAGGUGCUACCUGCUACCACCGCAUCAUGCGGGCUAGUUUUUAGCAAUGAAGGCGUAGUUUGUAGCGGCUGUCGACUGCAGAAAGUUUUUUUUUUUUUUUUGCUUCUUCCUUUACGCACGUUCAUCAGCGCGUUGUCCCGCAUUAAAAGUAGUCCGGGCAAAACGUGAUGCUUAGAGCUGGCAAAAUUAAACGAUUCCUCAAGGUGAAUAAAAUUACUCGGAUCAGUUUUUAAACUCAAGUUACUCGAGUUGCUUGAGUAUUCGUUUCAGCUCUAGCGCGCACGUUAUGGUGGAUGCUGCUGGUUACUGAGAGAGAGAUUCACUUCUUUUUAAAAGACUGGAAAAUAAAUUUGUGUAUGAGAGAGGCCAGAACAGAAUCGCAACCCGGUGGUCGCGCUUUUGUGUGCAAGUUAUUUUUUUGAGCAAGAGGGGAAGAGAGAUAGUUUGUUGCUCCUUGUCAUUUAGAUGUCCAGCAGUAGUUUUAAGGCAUUUCAAUUGAAAAAUGUCCUGAGUGUGUUGCUAAGACCCGUGUGCAUCUAAAAGAGGUGAGUACACGAACCCUGUUGUACAGUUUAGCCUUUAUUGUUGUUGUUUUUGAGAUGUUAAUAGUUAGCACCGAGCACUUAGCUAAUUUGCUAACGUGUAUUUCAUAUGCAGAAUGUGUAAAACCACAAUUAACUUUAGCGGUAACACUACAAAGAUGCGAAAUAGUACAGAAUUCUGUUAAAACAAAGUAUAUUGGUUAAAAGAAGUCUUAUUUCUAAAGACACUUUGUUUCCAGAAAAUGUGAAAUUCAUUCCACCUGUGUAAAUU